CACGUCCUCUGCUGAUAUUUGCUUUGUGCUUGUGCUGGAGCCCAGCCUCUCCCUCUCUGACUCGAAGGCCAGAAAAGCGAUUAGGGAACGUGCCUCUGUGCAACAAGUACACAAUGAGGGAAUCCCUGCUCCCACUCGAAAUCUCCAUUGAGAUACAUCAACCUUCCUUGAGUAACGACACAUUCCUCAGCCCCACGAUUUGCCCUUUGCAUCUGCACACACAUCCCUGCUAAGCAGGGAACAACAAACACCAAAGCUCACAUUUGAGGGGACGCCUUCUGAACCCCUUCCUUGCUACACCACAGGGAGCAGCCCCAACCCCCAGGGCAGCGCGAGGCGCGCAGCGCAGCGACGGAGGAGGAGCCGCCCGGGCAGGUGUGCCUGCAGCCAACACCGGGUCACUGAGAGCCCCACGGAGAACUGAGAGGAUGAUGAUGGAGCCGCUGGAGACCAACGGCAGCUGCAGCAACGGGUCUCUGCUCUCCAUUUCAUGCGUUUCCCAUCGAGUUGUGUGCCAGGUGGUCAGAGGUGCUGAUCUGGCUGACCUUGGCCAUGACAAUGGGACUGGGGAUACCUCCUGGGUAACACGGCUGGAAAGUAACUAUGGAUUCUACAUUGGUCUGGGCUUGGCUGUCUUCUCCAGUUUCCUCAUUGGCAGCAGCAUCAUCCUCAAGAAGAAGGGGCUGCUCCGGCUGGUGGAGAAGGGAGGCACCAGGGCAGGAGAUGGAGGUCAUGGCUACCUGAAGGAUUGGCUCUGGUGGGCUGGCUUGUUAACGAUGGGUGGAGGGGAAGCUGCCAACUUUGCGGCCUAUGCCUUUGCUCCUGCGACCAUUGUCACACCUCUGGGGGCCCUCAGCGUGCUCAUAAGUGCCAUCCUGUCUUCGUAUUUGCUGGGAGAGCGGCUCAACUUGCUGGGAAAGCUGGGCUGCAUGCUGAGCCUCGUGGGCAGCACCGUGAUGGUGAUACAUGCGCCAGAGGAAGAGGAGGUCACCACUCUGGAUGAAAUGUUAUUUAAGCUAAAAGAGCCAGGUUUUCUUGCUUAUGCUGCAGUCCUUUUGGCUGUCUGCUUCCUCCUCAUCUUGUACCUCGCACCUCGCUACGGCCGGAGCAACAUCCUCAUCUACCUCACCAUCUGCUCUGUUAUCGGAGCCUUCUCCGUGUCCUCGGUCAAGGGCCUGGGCAUUGCCAUCAAGGGCUUCUUUGCUGGCCAGCCUGUGCUGCAGCACCCACUGACGUGGAUCCUGGUCAUCACGCUGGUAGCAUCCAUCACUACACAAAUUAACUACCUCAAUAAGUCUCUAGACAUUUUUAACACCUCUUUGGUGUUUCCCAUCUACUACGUUCUGUUCACCACCAUUGUCAUCACAACUUCCAUCAUUCUCUUUAAAGAAUGGGUGGCCAUGACUGUAGUGGACAUCAUUGGGACAGUUUGCGGCUUCCUCACCAUCAUUUUGGGAGUGUUUUUACUCCAUGCCUUCAAAGACAUGGAUGUCAAUUUAGGGAAUCUGCCACAGGUCCUCCAGAAUGAACAGGAGGCACCGGUCACCCGAGAUGACAAGAACAUCUUGAUAGAAGUGGACAACUCCAGCAUUGCUCCGGAGGAUAAACCCAAAGCACUUGCAUGAACUCUAAAAUAUAGAACAAUAUCUCAAACGAAGGAAAAAAAUGAGGACUGAAUGGCGUACUCCUGCUAUUCACAUUCUGCUUAUCCACAUUUAAUUAUUCUGCAACUUUGGAUGAAGAAUAUUGGUAAAUACGGUGAAUUUUGGAAGAAGUGUCAGGACCCAAGCCAUAAAGUGUUUAUAUGGGACUGUGGCAGAUAAAUCAUUUUACGCUUUUGUUUGUGAGGUACAGGAGCUUCCCAGCAGCACAGUGUUAAUUAGUUUUCUGCAACUUUUUUUUUUUUUUUUUUUCCAUUAGAAACUGCAGUGCCCAGGCUGCAGUGUUGCUGUUAGUGAAGCCAGACCUUACACAAGCAAGCAAGGGGCAGCCCCUGCUCAAGCUUGAAAACUUCAGCAGGGUAAACCCCCAUCAGGAGAACUAACAAUUUCUGUAACACUUCUUGGUGAUUGAUGAAAAAUGCUUUCAGCCUGAAAGAUCAAGCAGGUGAAUGUUUUAAAGAUGUUUUUCUUAGCAGGUGUCGUGAUCUUGCAGCUCACCUUCAGAAUUCCCUUGUAUUUGGAUCAUGGGUGGGGAUGCAAGGAUGGGAGCCCAUUUGGGCACAGCAAAGCCUGACCCACCUCUGCCAAGCUUACUUGGUCCAGAGUUACUUACCCUGAACCAUGGCAUGUACCUGUGCAGACCCAGUUUUAUGUUGUUGGGAUAUUAGGUUAGGGUAGGGAAGAUGAUGCAGUCUCUUAUUCUAAUAACAUUUCAUUUACCUUUUUUUUUUUUUUUUUCCUUGAAUGUGGAAAGGGAAAUAAAAGCUUUUUCUAAAAACCUUUGAAGGUGGAUCUGAAAGAUUUCAAUGACUUCGCUGAUUUUGCAGAAGGAAACCAGCGCCCUCAUUUGGUUUUGCAGGAAAUAAUCCUAGUAAUUCACUUGCUUUAAUUUUGGCAUCCUAAUUGGUAUAAUGCUUUACACUUUUUAUAAAUAGAUUGCAAACAGGUCUCAUCCUUCCCAGUGCCUAGGACUACAUUUAAGGAAAACAAUUCCUCCAGAAAUCCUGCUCCCUCUGCACAAAAGGCACAUUCAGAAAGACUGAACUGCUGUAGUGAAAUAUCACAGCGACACAACACUUGUUAAAGACAACCUGACCAGUUUAUUAAAAACUAGGCAAAAGGCACAAUGAA